AUGGACGGCUAUGAUCCGGUACUUCUGCCACCGCCCCUCAUUCUUGGUACUCUAUCAGCCAUUGGUAUCACCGGCAACAUUAUUAUGAUCAUAGCGACAUAUAAAGCCAAGCUUGUUCAAUGUUCGAUUCCUCAAAGUUUUGGAGGGGCCUUCGCAAUUUUCAACCAAUCUGGAGCCGGAAUAAACAUAGCGAUUGUCACAGUAUAUGUUACUUCAUUUGUCAUUUUAAAACGGAAUAAUGCAAGUCCGAAAAUGAGAAUUGUGUUCAAGUCAAUUUUUGUGACGGUAGCGAUAGUAAUGGGAGGAUGGUUUGCAACAUUUAUUGUGAAUAAUCUGUGCCCUUAUAUUACCACUGACCCAUACUGGUCCUCUGUGAUCAACAUUUAUGCAGGAGUGAUGGUGAAUGCCUGUGUUGCUAUGAACGUUUUUGUUUACUACACAAUCAACACUGAAUAUCGAGAAGUCAUCAGAGGAAUGUUUGGCGUCAGAACAUCAGUCGCAAAAUUACACGAAAUCAGCACGAUGCAUGGGUCGGAAGGAAAGAAAACUAUUGUGACCACCGUCGUACUGUAG